AUGGAGGAACAUAGCUGCUGCACACCUUAUAUUCCGGAUCACAUUUCCACAAAACCUCUAGGCGGAACUUUUGAGGCGGGAGAAACGGAAAUUAAAAGUUCUUCAGUCACAGAUUCUUCGACAAAAAGUUUUCAAAUUGUUAAGAAACCGACAUCCGUAACAAAUCCGUCAUUUUCCAAAGUGAGUCUUUCGCGGACUUGUUUCUCUAUCGACAGUUCAGAUAAUUUAUCGCCACCAAAAACACAGAAGAAACCGCUGCUGAUCCGCGCUGAAGCAAUAGAUCUGUCCAGUAUCCCAUCUGGCAACAACAAUAACAGCAGUAUCAGCACAAAUUUAAAGAUGAAACAUGACGUGCGACCUCAUCUACUUGUUUCAUUUUUUGCGAAACACUUCGAAAAAAUGCACAAAAGGAUGACGAAGAGACCGUUAGGAUCAUCACUGUCCUUUGAUUUGGAUGAACGUCAAAGAGUGCAAACGUUGCAACACGGACGUGAUUCGCAGGAAGACAGUAUCCUCUCACUAUCUACUAAUAACAUGAAAUAUCCCAGCUCGUUGUACACCGGUUUGAAUUGCUUUCAUUGUCUCAUUAACGCAUCAUUACGUGAGCAUGAACUUAACGGACUGGAUGAUGGGAUCCGAUUAUGGUCCAGUUCCGAUAUUCCCAGCGUAGAUUGUACCGAUUCAAGGCAAAUUAAUUCCGAAAAGUUGAAUACCAACUGCAAAACAUCACUUCACGACAGCACUCGCUUUGUCAAUAAGCGCGCAUUAGCUAAAUCAGCAGUAUCUAAGCGACUAGUAGAUGUAAACUCAUCCCAGUUUUAUGGUACCACGGCGGCACUAUGCAAGCAUCGUACGAAAAAUUAUUGGUUCGAUCUCAAGACCCAUGCUGAUGAGCAUAUUUGGGUGCCAUCGUCAGGACCAAAUACCAUGGCAAGCAGUUCACGUGAUACUGAGUGUUAUGUUGGUGAACGAGAUUGUCGGAAAGUUGGAGAGAAGCGGAGUUGUGCCGCAUGUCAUAUUGUGGUGCAUACAGCAUGCUUACCAAUUUUACGACAGUUAUACAUGAAAUGCAAGAUAACAUAUCAUGAAGAAAGUACAGUGAAGAAACAAAUUGCUUCAAGUAGCGGUCUUAUGGAAGAAUCGUUGAGUGGACACCAUUGGCUGCAUAAAUGGAAGCAGGAAGGACGUUGCUUACGUUGCUGUAAAUCGUUUCAGCAAAAAAUUUUCCACGAUAAGGAGGUAAUCGCAAUCACUUGUUCGUGGUGCAAACGAUCAUAUCAUAACAAAGUAGAAUGCUUUUCAUCACAAUGUUUUGAGAAAUCAUGCGAUCGGGGUGAUUUGAAGGAAGUAAUCGUGCCACCGACAUGGAUUCAAUGCUCAAAUCAAACCCAAACAAGGAAGAGAAAAAAAGUUGCAAAGAGAAAGAAACGCAGGUUGUUUAGAAUACGACCAGUGCCUUUGAAUGAUGGCACAUGGCUUCCAAGUCAACCAUUACUUGUAUUUGUAAAUCCGAAAUCAGGUGGUAAUAAGGGUUCCAAAUUGUUACACACAUUUUGCUGGCUUUUGAAUCCACGUCAAGUAUUCGACAUUACUGCAAUGAAAGGACCUGAAUUUGGACUUAGUAUGUUCAAGAAAGUGGCAUCCAAUUUGCGUUUACUCGUAUGCGGUGGCGAUGGCACUGUUGGAUGGAUUUUAAGUACCCUGGACAGAAUGAAUUGGACGAAGUAUCCUCCAAUCGGUAUUGUUCCGCUGGGCACAGGCAAUGAUUUGGCCAGAUGUCUUGGUUGGGGUGGUUCGUUCAGUGAUGAACCUUUGGCAGAACUUCUAAAUGCUGUUAUUCAUGAAACAUCUAUCACAUAUCUCGAUAGGUGGAAUAUAAAUGUCGAAGCUAAUCUGCUGUUGUCAAAUCUGCGACAAGCGGAUGAAAUCGACAAAGCUGCUCAAAAUGUGCUGACAUUAACGGUAAUGAACAAUUAUUACAGCAUUGGAGCUGAUGCUCAUGUGGCCUUACAAUUCCAUCAUUCCAGAAGUGCAAAUCCACAAAUGUUAAACAGUAGGCUGAAAAAUCGAAUAGCAUACGGUGGACUGGGUACCAUCGAUUUGUUUAAGCGGACCUGGAAACUUCUCCAUGAAUACAUCACUCUUGAGUGCGAUGGAAUUGAUUUAACUUCAAAAAUUAGGGAAUUCAAAUUCCACUGUAUACUAUUCCUUAAUAUAACAUAUUAUGCUGGAGGGACAGUUCCAUGGAGCAAUGAUGAUGAGGAAAGACGCCGACCUUCCAGUUGUGACGGCAAAUUAGAAGUUCUUGGUUUCACAACUGCCACAUUGGCUACUUUGCAAAUGGGUGGCAAAGGAGAACGAAUAGCACAGUGCUCUCAUGCUCGUAUUACAACAAGCAAAGCAAUACCAAUGCAAGUAGAUGGUGAACCAUGUCUUCUAGCACCGAGUACCAUCGAAAUUACUUUUCAUAGCCAGGUUCCCAUGUUGCGACGUGAGAAGAAAUCAAAUUAUAUGCCAGGGAAUCUUAAGAAACAACGGAAAAUAUCCAAACAGCAGCGCAGUAAUAGUAGUAGCCAAGCGCCAUCAACUCCAAUAGGCUAUUCACUGCCAGUACUACUGACCAAUUCCAUCGAAUAUAAUGCUAAUCGGGAUAAUCUGGAACGCCUCAGAGUAGCUGCUGUAGAGAUCGGUAAAAUUAAUGUAGAAGCAGAAGCUGAAUUGGAUGUUGUACGACAAAAGAUCGAAAAACUUAUUACUGUUUGCUCAAAUUUGAAUUUGGGAUCGAAUAGCGAAUGGAGAUUUCUUGAUUAUGUAAGAAACGCUGAAGAAGGUGUAUUUCGUGUGCACCGUUAUCAGGAACAAUUCAUGACAUUGUCGGAUAUAUGCUGUUUGGAAGAAUGUAUUAUGAUCUUGAAUAAUAUUUUGGUCAGGCGAAUGCAUUCUGAUGAUGAUUCAAACCAAAUUAAGUAA